UGGACGUGGACCGCAUGGUUCUUUACAAAAUGAAGAAAUCCGUGAAAGCAAUAAACAUCUCUGGACUGGCUCACGUGGAAAAUGAGGAACAGUACACCCAGGCUCUGGAGAAGUUCGGUGGCAACUGUGUGUGCCGAGAUGACCCGGAUUUAGGCAGUGCAUUUCUCAAGUUCUCGGUGUUUACAAAGGAGUUGACAGCACUUUUCAAAAACCUGAUUCAGAAUAUGAACAACAUAAUCUCCUUCCCUUUGGACAGUUUACUGAAGGGGGACCUGAAAGGCGUGAAAGGGGAUCUGAAAAAGCCUUUUGAUAAAGCUUGGAAAGACUAUGAAACAAAAAUAACCAAAAUAGAAAAGGAGAAAAAGGAACAUGCCAAGCUCCAUGGGAUGAUUCGAACUGAAAUUAGUGGAGCUGAAAUUGCUGAAGAAAUGGAAAAGGAGAGGCGGUUUUUCCAGCUGCAGAUGUGCGAGUAUCUGCUGAAGGUCAAUGAAAUCAAGAUUAAAAAGGGAGUGGACUUACUUCAGAAUCUGAUCAAAUAUUUUCAUGCCCAAUGCAAUUUUUUCCAGGAUGGACUGAAAGCUGUAGAAAGCCUCAAGCCUUCCAUUGAAACGCUUUCCACAGAUCUUCACACAAUCAAACAGGCCCAAGAUGAAGAAAGAAGGCAGUUGAUACAACUUCGAGAUAUUUUGAAAUCAGCAUUGCAGGUUGAACAGAAGGAGUCUAGGAGAGAUUACCAAAUUCGUCAGAGUACAGCUUACAGCUUGCAUCAGCCUCAGGGAAACAAAGAACAUGGAACCGAGCGAAAUGGCAACCUCUAUAAGAAGAGUGAUGGGAUCCGAAAAGUGUGGCAGAAAAGGAAAUGUUCAGUUAAAAAUGGUUUUCUGACCAUAUCCCAUGGUACCGCUAACCGGCCUCCUGCAAAGCUCAACCUGUUAACCUGCCAAGUGAAGACCAACCCCGAGGAGAAAAAGUGUUUUGACCUUAUUUCACAUGACAGGACGUACCACUUUCAAGCAGAAGAUGAACAGGAAUGUCAAAUAUGGAUGUCUGUGCUGCAGAACAGCAAAGAAGAAGCUUUAAACAAUGCAUUCAAGGGGGAUGACAACACUGGAGAAAAUAACAUAGUCCAGGAACUGACAAAGGAGAUCAUCUCAGAAGUUCAACGGAUGACAGGCAAUGAUGUGUGCUGUGACUGCGGGGCGCCAGAUCCUACAUGGCUUUCCACCAACCUGGGCAUCCUGACCUGCAUCGAGUGCUCCGGAAUCCACCGAGAGCUGGGGGUUCAUUACUCCAGGAUGCAGUCCCUGACCUUAGAUGUAUUGGGAACAUCUGAGCUACUGCUUGCUAAGAAUAUUGGGAAUGCAGGCUUUAAUGAGAUUAUGGAGUGUUGCCUACCAGCUGAGGACUUGGUCAAACCUAACCCAGGCAGCGACAUGAAUGCAAGAAAGGACUACAUUACGGCCAAGUAUAUUGAGAGGAGAUAUGCAAGGAAAAAGCACACAGAUAAUGCAACAAAGCUUCACAGCCUUUGUGAGGCCGUCAAAACUAGAGAUAUUUUUGGAUUACUCCAAGCUUACGCUGAUGGUGUGGAUCUUACAGAAAAAAUCCCUCUGGCCAAUGGACAUGAGCCAGAUGAAACAGCCCUCCAUCUUGCAGUCAGAUCUGUGGAUCGGACUUCUCUUCACAUUGUAGAUUUUUUAGUCCAGAACAGCGGGAACCUGGAUAAACAGACUGGUAAAGGCAGCACGGCCUUGCACUACUGCUGCCUGACUGACAACGCCGAGUGCCUCAAGCUGCUCCUGCGGGGGAAGGCCUCCAUUGAGAUAGCAAAUGAGUCAGGAGAGACGCCGCUGGACAUUGCCAAGCGCCUCAAGCACGAGCACUGUGAGGAGCUGCUGACCCAAGCCUUAUCUGGAAGGUUUAAUUCUCAUGUUCACGUUGAAUAUGAAUGGCGAUUGCUCCAUGAGGACCUGGAUGAAAGCGAUGAUGACAUGGACGAGAAAUUGCAGCCUAGUCCCAACCGGCGGGAAGACCGGCCCGUCAGCUUCUACCAGCUGGGGUCCAACCAGCUUCAGUCUAAUGCUGCAUCUUUGGCAAGAGAUGCUGCAAACCUUGCCAAGGAUAAGCAGAGGAGUUUUGUGCCCAGCAUCUUGCAGAAUGAGACUUAUGGAGCCAUCCUGAGCGGCAGCCCGCCUUCCACACAGCCUACAGCCCCCAGUACCACCAGUGCCCCCCCACUGCCUCCACGGAAUGUUGGCAAAGUUCAGACAGCCUCCUCAGCUAACACCCCGUGGAAGACAAACUCUGUAAGUGUGGACGGUGGAAGCAGGCAGCGAUCUUCGUCAGAUCCGCCAGCUGUCCAUCCACCGCUGCCCCCUCUUCGCGUGACAUCUACCAAUCCCCUGACUCCUACGCCUCCCCCUCCUGUAGCCAAGACGCCCAGUGUGAUGGACGCCUUGAGCCAGCCGAGCAAGCCCACGCAUCCUGGGAUCUCACAGAGCAAACCCCCACCCCUACCCCCCCAGCCACCCAGCCGCCUCCCUCAGAAGAAGCCUGCUCCCGGGACUGACAAGUCCACCUCACUGAUCAACAAAGGCCACCCAAAAGGACCUGCAGUAGAUCUCUCUGGAACAGAAGCUCUGGGUCCUCUGUCCAACGCCGUGGCCCUGCAGCCUCCUGCACCCAUGCCCCGGAAGUCUCAGGCAACCAAGUUGAAGCCCAAGAGGGUUAAAGCGCUCUAUAACUGUGUGGCCGACAACCCAGAUGAGCUGACCUUCUCUGAGGGGGACGUGAUCGUUGUGGAUGGGGAGGAGGACCAGGAGUGGUGGAUCGGCCACAUUGAGGGAGAUCCCAGUCGCAAAGGAGCAUUUCCUGUGUCAUUCGUGCACUUUAUUGCUGACUAAAUUGCUACUGAGCAAAUGCCUCUUUUAACGCUUAUGUUCCUGUUUCAUUAUCGGUACCAAAACUCUCACCAGAUAACCAGUUUCAUGAACUGUAGUGUACAGUAGCCCAUUUUCUCUAAUACCACUGUUCUGUUUUAAAAACUCGCAGUUUUUACAUAGAAAUGAAUUUUUAUAAUUUGUGUUUUUCAUGAAACAUUGCUGUGUUUUUAUUAGAAAAAAAAAUGGAAUUUCCUAAAAGGUGAACUGAAAAGUUAUUUUAACUGUAAAACCAAGAUCCUGCAUCUAUACAAUUAGCUAAAUCUAAAAAUAUUUGAAGAAUAUAUUUUUUUUAAAAAAAGAAGAAGAGUAUUGGAAGUAAAACUCUUCUUGCUAUCCUUGGCCCAAUUAUGGAGUUGGUGACCUUUAGUGCAAUUUUUAUUUGAGGAAGCCAGUCAGCUGCUUCAGAAGUACGUGCCCAGCCAUGGACUUUUCUCGGUAAAAUGCCAUCAGUUCACCCUUAAAGACAUAUUCCUUUGAAAUCCACUGAAUGUUUAUUUAAAGCAACUUGGAAAUGUACACAUUAGCAUUGUACUUUCUAGCCCUGAUUUGUGGGGUUGCAGCUAUCACUAUAUUCUGCAUGUGUGUAUAACCUGUUAUUGUGAACAAUCAUACUUAACAAAACUACUGAUGGUUUAUUACAACAUAUGGUAAUUGCAGUUGAGUUCUAGGUUAUAUGAAACUGCAUUUCCUGAAUUUGGUUAAAAACUAAGGAUGAUGGAUUGCAAAACAGUUCUUUAAACUAGUUUAUAUGCUUUAGGUGUUUUGGAAUUUGCCUUCUUAAAUUCUUUAAUCACACAGAAAGCAACUGUACACAAUAGAAUUCUGUGGCCCUGACCACAACAUACUAACACAUCACUUGCUGUUUCCUAUUGAGUGUACCACUGCCUUCCCUUUCUAGCCCACGAGAAUGUUUACUCAGCUUAGUGUCUUGUAUUUAUAUAAUAUUCCAACAGGAAUGGUAGUUACACUGUCUUGAAAUUUAAUCUGUCCAUCUGUUUAUAAUCAAGAGCAUAUUGAAAAUCUAUAGGUCCCAGUUAAUAAAAUACUCCCAAACAUCCCAGUUUUUACGACUUAAGGCCAUCGUAUCAUUCUUAAGCUACUUGGGGAGAGGGGUUGUGAAUUAAAUUAGGUUGUAUAUUAUAAAAUCAAAUCUCAUUAGUUUAAUGAACUUGACUGUCAUACCUCUAUUUAGUAAUUGUGAGCAUACGAUUCAUAGUAGGAAUAUUGGAAAUUUUGGCACUCUUUGGGAACAGGCAUAUGAUGCCCACUUGGGCUUUUAACAAAAGUAAAGGAAUAAAUUUAAGUAUAGGCUUGGAGAGUGAGGCCACAAUGCUAUGACAGCAUUUGUUGUGAUGGUACAUUUGAUUGAAGCAGCCUGUCUAUAUUAUGCAAGACUUUUUAAGUGUAGAGCUCUUUUUGUUGUUGUUGUCUUGUUUUUUUGGGGGGGUUUUUUUGGGCAUUAAUUGUACUUUUUGUUGCUAUUAAGGAAGACAGAACAAACUGGAAUGCUUUAUGAUGUUGUAUAGCGAUUGCUUCUUGCCUUUCAAAGUCCUGGGCAAAAAUGUGUUAGAUCUGUAAUUAAAGUCUUUUUUUAAAGCACUACAUCUGUUUUCACUAAUUGUUAAUUUCUGUUUGAACCCUUCAUUUAGUUAAUUUUCUCAUAGAUUAAAGAAGGUAAACAGAUGUAUUUUGCACAGUGCACUUCUUGCAUCUAUUUUUAACAAUCCUCCUGUAUCUGUUUUAUCUUACAGUCAAGCCUUUUGACUAUGUGGUGCCAGCUAUAUAUGAGGAAUCAAGUUGAUUCAUAUCAGCAUUUGAACUCUAGUCCCAAACUAAUCUAUCAGGUUCACUGGUACAUAAAUAUCUAGGAAAUAUUUUUCCAAUCUACAAUUUGGUGGUGCUAUUGUGCAGUAAUUAAUAGUACUCUUACCAGAGGAGAAAUUAUACUAACUUCCCUGCUAAUAUCCUUUUUUAGUUUUUUGCUCUUAGCAAAUUAAAAAAAGAAAAGCAACUAAGAGAAAGGAAAACAUUGUAGAUAUCUAUUUAUAUUUAAAGUUUAUGUUUCAUGAACUUCAGCUGCAGGAUUCUGGCAUUUGGUGUGCCAAUUUCCAUCAAAUCUGACUUCUAGGGAUGAUGACUCAGAAAUAUAUGCACAGACUAAUAGUUAAGGGGUGGAUGACAUAAUAUGCAGCUUAGAAUGCUAUUUUGAGAUGUAUGAUAUUCAGUUCAUUCACUUGAUUACUUUGGUCGAGUUGCAGCGCAACUGUAUAUAUUGUAUAACCUAAAUUGAUUCUUAUUUUCAUUGUCUUUAAUGCAGUGAUUUAUAAUUAGAGCAUGUUUAAUAAGUUUACUCUUGUUAACUAGUCAUUUGACUGGAAAAAAAUAAAAUACUUUUAAAUGGA